AUGCGUUUACCAAGGAUUUGGUUGGCCACAGUUCUGUUUGUGAUGAUACAAAGCUCGAGUGCGGAGAUCAUUGAUUGCGAUUUCUUCGAUACCGUAAGUCUCUCGGCAGAACAGAGGCUCUCGGACGGAUCCUAUUCCUAUAAUGAUGUAAUUAUUCCCGCAAAUUUGACCGGAACAUAUGACUUCCGGAUUUUGCCGGAUGGCCAAAGAGAAAAUGUCGCGAUUCACAUUAGAGGAUGUAUUUGUAAAGUAAAAACCUGUGUUAGGUUUUGCUGUCCUCCCGACCAUUUGUUUGUGGACAGCCAGUGCUUAAAAAACGAUAUGACAGAGGUCGAGCUGGAUCCUUUUCUAAACGUAACCCUUAAUGACGGAUCGGUUGUGAAGAAGCACUUUGCAGACGACGUUUUCGCACAAUGGCAUUUUCCAUUUCCCUGUGAUUCCAUGUUCUGCCUAGACAAUCGACGGGAAGCGGAUCAAUACAAUUUAUUCGAGAACGGAACGCUUUUACGCCUUAUUGACAACAUGUUUAUGGACAAAAGAGACUACUGCCUGCAGCAUUUUCCGUUUGAGGACGAAAACAAUAAUAUAUUCAUUAAAGUAACGCCCUUCAACUGUUUUUAUGAAGAAUCUUCAAAAACUGGACAAACCGUGGCAUUCAUAGGCUAUUUUUUCAUCAUGGCCGCGUAUUCAUGGCUGUCUGUUGUUAGCCUGAAUUUAUGGAGAUCGAGUUCCUUCCGCUCUGAGCCGCUACAUCUCUUUCGGACCUACAGCUUUUCCGCGUGGGGAAUAGCGAUGAUAUUGACAGGAGCCACCCUACUAGCUCACGAAUUCGUGAACAAUUGGAAUUGGAAUCCUCGUGUGGGCCACCAAGAUCACUGUUGGAUCGACACUAAAGACUGGUCUGCCCUGCUCUACUUCUUUGGACCGAUUCAGUUGCUUGUUACGCUCAACACCAUCUUUUUUAUCCUCACAGCUAAAAGAGUAAUAAUGGUAACAGGCGAGCUGAUGAACAACUCUGAGAAACAGAAUAUCAUCUUCUUUUUUCGAGUUUUUAUCGUCAUGGGUCUAUCUUGGAGCCUGGAAAUAUUUUCGUACUUGGUGCAAAACAAUAAAAAGUGGGCAGAUAUUUUUCUGGUGGCUGACUACUUUAAUUGGUCCCAAGGUACUUUGAUAUUUGGGCUGUUCAUUUUAAAGGGCAGUACGCUAAUACUCCUAAAAAAGAGAGUACUACCGAAUCGCAUGAGUGAAACGAUUCAGAAAUCCAGAGUAUCUCGAAGUUCAAACUCCGCAUCCGUGAAUCAGCACCCGCGAGCUAUUUCUUUGGAACCGAGUUCUCCUGGUGUGUACAAUUAG